AUGAUCCCAUACACUGCAGCACCAUUAGCAGCAGCAGCAGCAGCCAAUGGUGCUGAUGGUGUGCAGCCGCAGCAGCAGCACCAAGGUGAGGGGUUAGCUGCUGCAGGAGCAGCAGAAGGUAGAAAUCCCUCAGCAGCAACAGCAGCAGCAGCAGCAGCAGCAGAAACGGCUGCUGCUGAGACAACUGCAGCUCCAUCUGCAGGUGGAGGAUCGAUGCAGCAGCUGAAGCAGCUGCAGUUGCUGCAGCAGCUGCAGCAAAUGCAGCAGCAGCUAAAGCAGUUGAAGCAGCAGCAGCAAGAGCAGCCGCAACAACAAAGGGCAGCUGGUGUGCUGCCAACACAGCUGCAGCAGCAACUGCAGCAGUUGCAGCAGCUGCAAAGGCUGCAGUUGCUGCAACGGUCGUUAGAUGCCCCAUCACAGGUGCAGCAGCAGCCGCAGCAGUUACAGCAGCUGCAGCAGCUGCAGCAGCUGCAACAGCAGCAAAGGCGGCAGCAGCAGCAGCCACAGAAGCAAGGGAGACCUGAGCGUCAGGUAUUGCAACAGUUGCAGGGAAUUAUGGAGAAUGAGCAGCAGGCAGGCAGCCAGCAGCAGCAGCAGCAGCAACUGCAGCAGCAGCAGCAGCAGCAGCAGCGGCCACUCUUGAAGGACAGCAAAUUUUCUGGGGGAUUAAAUAUUGAGGGCGUCUUAGCCUUAGCUAAGGCUGCCUUAGAGAAGAAUAUUGCUGCUGCUGCUGCACCUGGUGCUGCUGCUGCUGCUGCUGCUGCUUCUGAUCCUCCUGCUGCUCCGUCUGUUGCUGUUGCCAGUCUGCUGUCUGAGCCGCAACCGCUGCAGGAUGCAGCAGCAGCAGCAGCAGCAGGGAUGGAGGCAGCAGAGGAUCCAGAUAUGAAUAUAGUGCAGCAGCUGCAGCAACUCAUAGAAAGCAGCAACAGCAGCAGCAGCAGCAGCACGGAUGAUGACGAUGAAGAACAUUACUGCAAAGUUCUUGCAGAACACAAAGGCGACGAACCUAUACCUGUAGAGUUUGGCAGUUUGGAUGAAUUUGUGAAUUCUGCGGAUAUUUUUUCGCGUUUACAUCGUUAUAAAUUACCAAUAAAAGAAAUAAAAAAAAAAAUAAAUAAUAUAAACCCUUUUUUUAAUACAACAAACCCUCAACAAUCUAACCCUCUACUCUCUGUAUUCCUUACAGCAGAGUCACCUCUACAGACUUGUUCAAGGGAGGGCCCCGAGGGGCCCCUUGUUUGCGGAGGGGUUGAAGGGAGGGCCUCCCGUCGUCUUCCUUCUUUGUUUGUUUUUAAUUGUACAAAAGAAAAAGGAUGUUAUGCAGGAACAGAGCCAGGAGAGCAAGAUAUGCUCUAUAUCACACUAAGCGAGAGGUCACCAAGCAGUCCUCAAGAAACACAAGAAACUUCUCCUUUCUCUCUUCUUGCUGCUUGGGACUGUUGGCCACAAACCCCCUCUGACCAGGGGGCCCCCGAUGGGGGGCCCCCCAAUAGUGGGGGGGGCCCCCAAGGGGAGAACCCUGCAUGCGAAACAGUUGCAGCACAAGGGUUUCUUGAUGGGACACAUUUCCUCUCUGUUCGCCCUAAAAAAGAUGGGGAAUUACGUCUGGCUGUGCUGCUGCGGUCUUCUGCUGCUCCUCGUGAAUUCUUCUUAUCCUUAGCAGCACCAGCAGCACUAACAAGUCUUACUAUGGAGAAACCCUUAGAUUUUAUUAUGCCUGCUGAUAGUUAUCGCUUAUUUGUCUUUCGUUUCCUAGAGAAACCCUUUAUUUCUUCUUUUUAUUGUAUAAAUAAUCAAAGAAAUAUGCAAAAAGGAGAAAAAGAAGAAAAAUAUAAUCCUUUUCUUGUUACUCUUUUCUCUCUUAAUGAACAACAAGCAUCUAUUGCAUGCUGUAAUGCUAUUAAGGAAACAAGACCCGAUCCAGCACUGUCAUCAAAGGAGCAACCGUUCUGUUGGCGAGCAACAGAUCCAGACUUUAAUGGCUUAUUAGUUCUCCGUCCUCGUAGUGAUUAUAGGAGGGAUUUAGCUCCUUAUGGUGAUUUUGUUUGCGGUGUACGUACGCCUCCUGCUUCUGCUGCUGCUGCAGCAGCAGCAGAUGAUGAUGAUGAUGAACCGGGGUUUGGGGAGAGCUGCUCAAAUGGCUUCUGCACAGUCUCGGUUGAUAAUACAUUUUGGUUAUCCUUGUUACUACAUUCAUCAAGAGGAGGAGAUCGUCAUGUAACAGAAGUAAAUUUACGUAAUGGUGUUCCUUUACGUAUAAAUAUACAAGGAGAUUGGUAUAUAAAUGAUGGAUAUAAAACUGCCCAAUUAGAUGGUUCUUCUUUCUUCUCUUCUCCUCCUCUUGUUACUUAUCAGCAACAAACAGGAGAUCUUCUUUGUACUCUUAAUGUUACUAAAGAUAUUAUAGAUGAUGCGCAACGUACUAAUAGCCCAUUAGGAUUACAAUUAAGUGUUGUAUCUAGUGAUCGUCUAUUGGAGGUUUUCGUGUUUCCUCCUUUAGGGGGAAAAACAUUUGUCUUUGAUUGCCGUCGUCUAUCUCCAUUAAGUAUAAUAAUUAAUAUAAAAAAAGAAGAAGAAAAGGAAGACAAAAAAGAAGAAAAAGAAGAAAAAGAAGAAAAAGAAAUAAAUAUUCAUGAUGGUCUUGUUGUAUCUCCUGCGCAUGCAGUGGGGCUUUGGCGUAUUCUUCUUAAUACAUCUACUAAGGAUGCACCUGUAUCUGUACAGUUAUCUGCAUCUGUAGGUAUUCUCUUUGACGGCAGCAGCAGCAGCAGCAACAACAACAACAGUAUACAGGUGUAUAGGCACCCUAACCUCCAUACCCUCGAGAAGGAGGCCCUGCAUCUUACUGAUGGUACUGCUAUAGCUAGCGAGAUAUCCGCAAACCCUAAAUCACCAAACCACAGGAAAGUGUUUAUCUUCCCUCUUAACUUCAAGCUUAAAACAGUUGGUAGUAUAGAGUCUGACCAAACCCUUCGAUGUGCAGCGAAUAGUUUUGGGUUAACUUCUGUCCGUUUAUUUGCUAAUUCAAUCCUUUAUAGUCCUGAGGGUUUAGACAAAGGGUUUAGAGGGUUUACGCAGGAUGAGUAUACACUUCCUCUACCUGGAGAACCCGGUGCAAUAUUUUGGCCUGAGCGUGUUGGUUCUGUCUUACCCUCUGUUAGUACAAUAGAGUUACGAGGGUUUACUAAACCCUCGUCCUCCCCUGAGGGUUUAGAGGCAGCAUAUGUUAUUAUUGCUGAGGGUUAUAAUGCAACGCAUGCAGAGACACCCGAAGUGUUGCAUCCUGCUGCUGCACCACCACCAGCCCCUACAACAGGAGCAGCAGCAGCAACAGCAGCAACAGCAGCAGCAGCAACAGCAGGAGAAGCAACAGCAACAGCAGCAGCAGCAAUAGGAGAAGAAGAAGAAAAGGAUAAAUUUACAUUAAUGUGUAGUUAUAUGUCUAAUGCAAUUCCUUUAUCUAUUGGACAAACAGCAGAAGAAUUCCUAAAAAAAGGAGAAAAACGUCUUUUUUUAUUAAAUCUUAUUGAUAUUAAUCAUGAUUUACUUAUUUAUCUUACUAAUGGUGGUAUAGGAGAUGCAGAUUUAUAUGUAGGUGUACGUCGUGAUAUAAAUAUAGAGGAUAAGAAGACAUAUUUAUAUAAUUCAUGUUUAUUAGUAAAUGUAGAUUCAGGUAUAGAUGCAUAUGUAGGUUUACAGAAAUGGUCUGAUUUACGAGAUUUAACGCCAUUAAAAGAAGGAAGAGCAAAUUGGUGGUCUGAUGGUUUGCAUGCACCUCAGGUGUAUAUACACCGUAAUAAAUUAGAUAUAUUAAAAAAAGAUAGUGGAUGCUUCUUUCCUCCUCCUCCUUCUUCUGCUGUUGUUCCUGCUCCUGCUGAUGGUGGCACUGCUGCAGAUACUGCUGCUGCUGGGCCUAUAUCAGCAGCAGCAGCAGCAGCAGCAGCAGGAAGAAUAGGAGGAAUUCGUCCUAAUCAAUGUGUGCUACGUAUAGAUAUAUCUGCACCAGUAGCACAACGUUAUAAUUUGCUGCUGACGGGCAGUAGAGCAGCAGCAGCAGCAGCAGCAACAUAUUUAACCUCUGGUGUACCUACAAGAGGAAUAUUAAGAGGAAAUAAAAUUGAUUAUUAUAAGGUGGAUAUACACCCGAGGAUGACAGAAGGAGGAAAACAAAGAAAAACAGCAAAAAAACAGGAAAAAGAGGGAGAAGAAGGAGGAGAAGAAGGAGAAGAAGAAGAAGAGGAAGGAGAAGAGGAAGAAGAAGAAGAUUAUUAUAUAUUAAGACUAUUAUUUGACGUUCACGAUUCAUCAUUACCUGUUGGGGCUGCAUGCAGUUACGAGAUAGAGAUGCUGCUGCAGCAAACAAAAGAAGAUAUAAUAGAGGGGGCACGCGUAUUGCCUACAGGAGAGCCAAUAAGAGGAGUAAUAAAGGGAGGAAUACCUGCACAUUUUGUCCAAAUUGGGGUUUAUAUAGUGAUGAGGAAUAUGAAUCUCCUUGUAGCCCUAAAACCCUAA